CCACUGGCUUAGAAGCAAAGAGCAGUAAACUUAUUGGUUCUUACUGAUUUAUAAUUAUUGGUCUAGUUCUCAAGGUCAGUGUUGGGGCCUUCUGUGUGAAACAUGAUGAAUAUUGGAAACCAGUUUCUUUGGUCAAAGAUCUAUCAGCAAUGGAAUAACAUGAACAGAUAUGGUGUGGUCCGCAGCUACAGUGGUUCCUAAAUGAGUUAAUGGAUAGGUAAGAUUAGACUGUGGUUCUAACUAGAUCUGUUUUCACAAGUCUGACUUUAGGCUCUUAAAGUCUUUUAUCACCCUGGGUUGGUCUUUGCAUUCUCGUGCAUCUGCCAACAAUGGCAGUUUCAUGGUUUAUAUUAAUUUUCUUGAUCUUUGGGGAAUAUUUAAUUUUAUUCCACCCUCCCACACAGAUACAAAACUUGUGUGGCACUUCAGAUGAUAAAUGACUUAAUGUUGUGGACUAUACAGUUUAUAAUCAGUGUAUGAUUGUGGUUUUGCUGCAUCAUGAAGUUGAAAUUUAUUUUAGAAGAGGGAGAGGCCUCUGUUGAGCCUUUAGGAUUAAGUCACUAAGUUUACUGACACAAAUGAAUCUGUUUCUUUAGAAUGUGUUUACAGAAGAUGUCAGCAUCUUUGAAAACAAAAGAGGUGUUCAUUUUCAUUUUCCCCUUUUCCUCUUCUAUUACAUGGCAUUAGAUUUAAUUUAUCUGCUUUUGCUCUAACAAUAUAAGAGUAAGUGCAUUCGCCUGGAAUAGGGAGAGCUAGAUGUCAUCCAAAACUCUGAGAGCGUCCCUCGGUGCUGAGAGAUCUUUUCUUUGUGAAUAGUGAUUUUGCUGCUGGUAAUUUUUCCAGUCUGCCCAAAGCCAGGCUGUCACACGUAUGACCUCUCUUUAGGAGGUGUGAAGAAACCUUGAAAUAUUACACAUUUUUGAGAUGUGGAAAAAUAAACUCAAUUUAAAAUGAUCUCCAUAAGAAAAACAAUACACCUAAAACAAAACAUCUACAUUCCCAUGACAACUGGGCAAACUGCUAAAGAAGAUCAUGUGAUGUGAUCGAAAGCUGCAGAGCAGCUCCUGUACUGAGGAGACUGAGACCAUUAACCGCCUGAAACUCUUUUUAUAAGUAAACAUCUUUUUUAAGAAUUAGUGUUAUUUGUGUAUAUUAUUGUUAAUUAACAGAUAAUGGAGGGAGUUUUGCAUGAGAGGUCUCUUUAUUUGAGUCCAGCCCACACUUAGCAUUAUGGGUAAUCUAGACAGCAGUCUAGGAAUCAUGGGAAACGUAGUAAAGAAUUGUGUGCUUAGCUGCACUGACAGACCAUAAGGAACUGUCCAGGCACAUUUUCACUCCCGCCUCCAGUACAUUCAACCACCGGCAUCUUUAUUUCUCUCAGGCCCUUUUGUCCUUUUUUCCCAUAGACCUGGCUUUGUAUCCCCAUCCCCAUUGCUCUCCAUCUCUCACAGUCUGCCUCUGCAUCAUAGCGCCACUGAGCAUGGAGUUCCUACGUCACUCCUUUCAGCAGAUGGAGAGGAGGAAGGGGGGGGGAGGGUAAGACAGAGAGCGAAAGGGAGGAGGAAGAGGGAGCUGUAUAUCUCUACUGCAUCAGCGCCAACAUCACUGCCACGCAAGCUUUCGUCACCGGAAAACAACGAGGAAGAUCUUGACACCACAGAGAUUAAAAAAAACAUCAGCAGCAGCAGAAACUCCUCCACCUCCACCUGACGUGUAUCCACAGAUUAGGUCAAGACGGGGUUCUACCUUCGCCAGGCACAGGCAUCUAGACCCCCCACCCCAAGAUAGAGCUAAUAAAGCUAUCCCAGCCAUGACCUGAGUGAAGCAGGCAAACAUCGGACGCUCUCCAUUAACAUGGGCAACCAGGAGGCUAAGCAAAAGAAAGCUGCAGCAUCGGGUAAUGGAAGCUACCCUUCACUGGAUGAAGGAUGGAGAGAGGGAGGGGAUGUGACAAAAAAAGGAGGAAAGAAACUUCACGGUAAGCAUGGAGGUAAAGGAGCAGGCAGCAGCGCAGGAGGAGGGGGGAUGUAUGGCACAGGACCAGGCAGGAAGAAAAACAAAUCUGACUCCAAGUCCUCCGUUUUCUCCAUCCGCAAGAGAAAGAGCAACCUGAAAGGGAAAGGAGACGUGUGCUCGUCAGUAACAGGCUCAAAGGAGGACGUUUUAGCAUCUCAACAUGAUGAACUGGACAGCACCAAAACACCUGAUUUGUCUGCAGAUGAGCUUGGACAGUCAGACACUGAGGCUGCUUUCCCUGAGAAGAAAAAGAAACUGGAGCAAGGGAAAAAGGAUAGCGCUGGAGGAGGAGGAGGAGGAGGAGGAGGAAGAGGAGGAGGAGAGCAGAAGCAGGAGAUGCAGCGGAAAGCCUCGACAGCAGCAACCUCUCCUACAGAGAAUGGAGGGCAGAAGGGCGGGAGCUCGGGGUCAGACACAGAUAUUUACAGCUUCCACUCAGCAGCUGACCAUGAGGAUCUGCUAGCGGACAUCCAGCUCACUAUAAGGCUGCAGCACCAACAGCAGCAGGGGGUGGUUAACUCAACUGUGGAAGCGCAGGGAGGGGGAGAAGGGGAUUUGAGCUGGGGAGGAGGGGAGGGGAGGAGAAAGCAGAGUAAUGGAGUAGUUAAAUUAUGUCCUCCUGAGGUACUUGACCCGACCCCAGAAUUAGAACUGGGGUCUGAUGCCCUGUCAUUCUUAGAGACUGGAAUUCUGUCUGUCAAGCACACGGACCAACCUCCAAUGCUACACCCUCCCUCCCACAAAGAGGUGCAUGAGAGGAGGGAGGAGAAGGAGGAGGACGAGGAGGUGGAGCAACUGGAGCUAAAUGGAAAGGGACAGAGGGAGAGAGAGAGAGAAUCCUCUCUUUGUGUUGCCACAGGCACAAAAGACCAGCAUGCCUUGGUACAGCAGCCCCCUCACACAACCAUCACCAUGGCUACUGAAGGGGGUACAGCAGUUAGCCCGUUCACCAUGACGACCAGUGGUAACAGAGUCCCUGAUCACACAUUUGACAGUGCUGGGAAACCCCCAAAGGAGGAGGAGGAUGCAGAAUGUGAAUCCCCUCAGGAGGAGAGGGGACCUGGGGCGGAGGUGUAUGUCAGUCCUCCACACACAGAUAACCACAGCAGAAGUCCUGUAGCCACUGAGGGGCUGAAGCCAGGAACCAUGUUUGAAGAAGGUGAGGGUCAGUUGGGCUCAGACACUAGUGCAGAGUCCCUUGAGGACUGCUUAAGUGCUGGGUCUGACCUCAACCACUCCGCUCCUGCCAGGACCAGCACCUCCCCCUCCACCCAGCAGUGCAGGAGGAGCAGCAUGUGUUUCUCCCCUCUGCCUCCCCAGGAGAGCCCCACAUUGGCCAAAAGACUCCUUAGGUCCACCCACUCCUCCACCUCCUCUAGCCCUGUGGUGAAACCGUACCCUCCUAUCUUCCCCUCCUACAUAAAGACCACCACCAGACAGCUCAGCUCCCCAGGAUACUCCCCAGUUCUGUCCCCCUCCCAUAGCCCCCUGUCCCCGCGCAGAGCCCACCAUCACCUCCACAGGACGAUGGCUGAGGGUCACCAGGCCCGCAGGCAGCGCUCUCGAAGCCUUGCCGGGCCUCUUAGUCGCUCAGCCGACUGGACGGAGGAGCUUGAGAGGAGGCUGAGGAGCAGAGAGGAGGAUGGAGGUUCUGGCGGUUCGAGAGACUACCUGGUGGGCUACAGAGGAGGAGGCAGCCAGCCCAUAUGUGCUACAAGAAGAUCAUCCUGUGGACAGGUGUCGACCUGCGGCUUUCAGGACAUCUUUACAGGUCGAACCUUGCUGGAGAAGCUGUUCCUGCAGCAGCAGCAGGAGGAGCCGGAUGAGGCUGAGAGACUGUGCUCCAGGAUCUUGGCCAUGGGCCUGCUGCUGCCAUUCACUGACUGCUUCAGAGAGCAACUGGGUGGCAGCAGCACCCACAUCACCCCCACAACAUCAGCCAAGUUUGAUCAUGACCAGUUGUAUACAUGGGCAGCAGUUAAUCAGCCACCCCACUCCCAGGAUCCUAUUGAUGGGAAGCUACCUGGGCAGUUCAACAGGACAAGACAAGACAAUAGACCUGGACUCAAAUCCACAGAAGCUGAACACCAAGUAGCGAUCUUGGGUUUGAGUCACCAACAGACGGAGAGUCAGGAUCUUCCGGAGGAAUGUGUCCUUCCUUCAGCAAAACUGAAGGAAAAACACAUUAAUGUCAUCCAGCAGCUGGAACAAACCAUAGAGGACCUCAGGACUAAGAUCGCUGAGCUGGAGCGACAGUCCCCUCUGCUGGACAGGGGUAGUAUGAAACCCUUCACCAGCACCACAGAUAAGGAGUGUGGGGGAGAGGAGGGCUUGCUGAGGGUUGUGUGUGACGCUCACCUGCAGACGGAGGCGACUCACUUCCUGGACUGCCUGGAGGCCAAGUCGGUGCAGACGUCGCCCAUGGAUGAUAGCUUUAAGUUCAAAGUGCCUUGUAGUGAAUUGGAUGGAGUGAACAGCUUCCUACAGCCCUCACCCAGGCAGGAUGGCCACCAAUGUUCAUGUCAGCAGCAGCCUUCUCCCCUUCCAGGAGGAGCAGUAUCUCCUCAUCCAGGCCAGACUGUGGUACCUCCUCCAGCACCACCUCCUCCAGUAGGCUCAAUGCCAGCUCUGCCACCACCUCCUCCUCCUCCUCCUCCUCCUCCCCCUCCUCCCCUUCCUGGUGGACUUGUCCUACCCCCACCCCCUCCUCUCCCUGGUGGGAUUGCUCCACCCCCACCUCCUCCUCCUCCUCCUCCUCCUCCUCCUCCUCCCCUUCCCGGUGGCCUUGUCCCACCCCCACCCCCUCCUCUCCCAGGUGGCAUUGCCCCUCCUCCUCCUCCUCCUCCUCCUCCAUUACCAGGACUUGGAGGCCCACCUCCUCCACCACCUCCUCCACCACCACCUCCAGGCUGUGGACCUCCUCCUCCUCCUCCACCAGGAGCCAUCUGUGUUCGUCCAGCUCUUCCAGGGGCCCUGGGCUCCCUGCCUCCUCCUCUGCCGUUGGGGCUAUAUGCUUUGGGUAUGACUCAGGAGAAACCACCCAGGAAGGCUAUGGUGGAGCCGCCCAGACCCAUGAAGCCACUCUACUGGACCAGGAUCCAGCUGCACACCAAAAAGGAGGUUUCUUCUUCGUUGGUGUGGGAGACAAUUGAGGAGCCUGAUGUGGACUUUAAUGAGUUUGUAGAGUUAUUCUCGAAAACAGCUGUAAAGGAGAAGAAGCAGCCGCUCUCUGACACCAUCACCAAGUCCAAGACCAAACAGGUAGUGAAGCUGCUGAACAACAAGCGUUCUCAGGCAGUGGGAAUACUCAUGUCCUCUCUGCACCUUGAUAUGAAAGACAUUCAGCAUGCCAUCCUGAACUUGGACAACACUGUAGUGGACCUGGAGACUCUGCAGGCGUUAUAUGAGAAUAGGGCGCAGCAGGAAGAGCUGGACAAGAUUGAAAAGCACAUCAAGUCCACUAAAGAUAAAGAGAACGCUAAACCUCUGGACAAACCUGAGCAGUUUCUCUACCAGCUCUCUGUGAUCCCAAACUUCUCUGGCAGAGUGUUCUGCAUCCUUUUCCAAUCCAGCUUCUCUGAGUGCAUGUCGUCUAUAAUGAGGAAACUGGACAUACUGCAGAGGGUAUGCAAGGCCUUACAGGACAGCGAGACAGUGAAGCAGGUUCUAGGUCUGGUUCUGGCCUUUGGUAACUUCAUGAAUGGUGGUAAUCGAACCAGAGGACAAGCUGAUGGCUUCACCCUAGACAUCCUGCCCAAACUCAAAGAUGUCAAGAGCAGCGACAGCACAAAAAGUCUUUUGUCCUACAUUGUUGCAUACUACCUCAGACAUUUUGAUGAGGAUGCUGGCAGGGAGUCGUGCUUGUAUCCUCUCCCUGAGCCUCACGAUUUGUUCCAGGCUUCUCAGAUGAAGUUUGAAGACUUUCAGAAAGACCUGACUCGACUCAGGAAGGAUCUUAGAGCUUGUACAUCAGAAGUGGACAAAGUGUGUAAAGUUUCAGAUGAGGAUAACUUGCAGCCUUUCAAAGACAAGAUGGAGGACUUCCUUACACAAGCUAAAAGUGAACUGGAGACUCUGGAAGCUCAACUCAGCAGCACUCACAAACUGUUCCUGGAGCUCACAGUGUUCUUCUCAGUGAAGGCCAAGGCAGGAGAGAAGGAGGUUUCACCCAACACACUCUUCUGCAUCUGGCACGAGUUCUCCUCUGACUUCAAGGACCAGUGGAAGAGGGAGAACAAGACCAUUCUCAAGGAAAGGUUAAAAGCAGCAGAGGAGAGUUUCCGUCAGGCCAAGGAGAAGGCUUCCUACAGCGUCAAACCUAAACACGCCUCUGGCAUCAAAGCUAAGCUUGGCAUGAAGAUUUGACUCCAUAGACUCAGCAGUGAGUCAAAAAGAAAACAGUAUGAAGAGGACAGAAGAGAAAGAGGAAGGGACAGCACAAAUGGAGAUGGCAUGUACUGUAUGUGCAGCUGAGCCUGCUCAAGCAUUUUCUUUCAUUUAUUUAUGUUUAUCCUGCUCUGUCAGCUUGUCUUACGUUAAUUCCUCUCAAGCUGAUAACUGAAUGCAACACAGUCAUGGAAGGAUGCUCCUGUAGGAGCCACCAGGCAACAGGAAUCAUGGACUUUUGGGAUCAUCACAACUCAGACAUAUUACAUACCUUACACAUAGGUGGAAAAACAUCACACUGUGUGUGUGUAGUCUAGUCUAAACAAUAAGACCACCCAACUAUAAUCGCCAAAAAAUCACCACAAGCUCAGUGAUGAAGACUGUUUGUUCAAAAUCAGAUGGACUGGCCCAAGCAACAAUGACAUGACUCAGUAUUACAUUAUUAAUAUUGACUAACUGUCUGACAGGCCACAUUGUGUUAUUUGAAUUCAGCUGGAAGCCACAGCUGUUUGAUUCACCCUCCAAGUGCAGAAUGCUGAGUCAUUCUUGGCUUCAGAAAAAGAAAAUAUUAAUCAAUCAUGGUUGAUUUUGUAACACCUGUGGGUACUGGUGGUAACAGCAGCAGGUAUGUUUUAAUAACACCGGUCCCAGAGUUCUGUGUAUUACAGGCAACAAACACUGGGAGCAGCAAACACACCACAGGCAGCUAUCAGAAGAAAUAAAUAUAACAGAAGAAGACAAACAGGCGUACCCAUUUAAGAUAGUGGUAACACUGAAGUCAUGAUCUGGUUUCCACAAUACAUGAAAAGAAUGAAUGCACCAGCAUUCAUCUUCCAGAUCUCAUCCAGUAAAUGAAUGUCAAAUGAGUCAUUUCAUCACUUGUCUGUUUAGUUGGGACAACAUGCAUUUGCCUUACUUUUCUACAAAACUUUCGCCAUUUUCAUUGCAUACAUACAACAAUAAUGGAUCUUUGUUGUAAAAGGUGCAAAUAUGGUUCUACAAUGGUAGCCAUAGGAGAGCUAUCUGCAUUCCCCUCUUUGUGUUACCUCCUCCAUGGACGUUACAUUUAAGUGAUUAACUUCUGGCAUGGAUAGUACCAUGUGACCAUUUAUAAAACACUGCACUUUAUGUUUUGGCUCAUAACCCUUGAACCUCAUAUGAGCAAAAUUUUGUUGGUAAAGAUAAAUGUCAGUAUGGGCCCAGAUAUUUCUGCUUAACAGGUUUUCCCAAUAUUUUGAAUAUUUUAAUGAGUUUUGGAAAACAGUCUUUAUCCACUAUUUUCUUUUUUUAAGAUUAUUUUCUGCCUUUUAGUCCAGAGAGAUGGGAAAUGUGAGGAAUGACAUGCAGCAAACAGUCCAGCCAAGUAUUAAAUCUCACCAUAUCUAAGCUUUUGUUGUUUAUUCCAAAAUAGCCUCCUAAAACACCUUAUCUAACAUUUGUAGGUGUAGUUUAGUUGGCACAACAGCAGCAUAAAUUUCAAUGGCCAUGACUCAGAGACUACAAGUCUGACUCAUGAGUUGUUAAUUACCCUUACACUAAAUAUUUAGGGAAAACAUCUUGGUCACUAUCAGAUAUCAGCAUGAUUACCCUGUACCAUAUUUUUGAUUGUAAAAUAAAAAAAUAAAAAAAUUAAAAUAAAAUUGUUGUUUAACGCGUUUUAUCGUUAAAAUCAAAUUUAGAAGUUUGUGGAACUUUGGACCUGAGAGUGUGAAGCUUUCAGACUAGGGCCAGCCUCAGCAGCCACUAAUUUAACAGAGGACUGCAGUGAUUGGCACUGCUCAGCAGCACUUAAACACUCAAGUAAACAAACAAAUAAUGGCUGCAGCAAUGUCGAAAAGUAACAAAAAUGUGGGUUAUCCCAAACAGCCAUGAACACAUCCUUAACAACGCAGUAAAUAUUCUGUGUGGUCACAUUGAUAUCUCAUCACACACUUCAUGGACUCUCACAUUACCACAAUGCUGUUUGCGAUUCUACAUCCUGACUGUCCAGACUUAGCCUCUAUUUAGAAAAUCAAACAGUGCAUUGAUCGGCAGGAGAAAUGUACUUAAAUGUGUAAUUUCAAUGUAUUUCAGUGACAUGCCAUAUUAUACCAGGUAUAACAUAGAAUGUGUGUGUGUGUGUGGGUGGUUGAUCACAUCUUUGUGGUUGAUAAGCUGUGUGAUGAAGGAUGUGUAUUGUGCAUUGAAUUACAGCUGUUGAAUUUUGUGGCAGAAUUAAAGACUUUAUUAAUGGAAAGUAAUAAAUUGUUUGAAAUGAUUGUGAGACACAUUUUGGGUUCAUGUCAAUGAGAUCCUCCUCUGUUGGUUAGCAUGAUACUCACAACAGGAACCCAACUACAUUUGAACUGUUUCACGUGCAAUAAAUGUUUCUGUAUACAUGUAUAUGAAUGGGAUGCAUGGGGUCUGGGUGCAGUGUAAUUUCUGUAAAAUAAAGAGAACGACUUCUGCAUUA